AAACAAACAGAAGAGAAACAAAUAUCUAAGCCAUAGCCAUUUCCCCUCUGUCCGCGGCCAUGGCCAUGGCCAUGGUGGUCUCGGCCGCUGCCCCUUCCGCUUCGUUAUCGGCCGCCUCAUCCGAUCAAAAGCCCUUCGAGCCUAACAACGAGGCCAUCAGGAAGCGGCUUCUCCGCAAGGGUGUCUUCCCCACCCCUAAGAUCCUCCACGCCCUCCGCAAGAAAGAGACCCAGAAGGCUCUCCGCAGAGCCAAGAAACAAGCCCUCCAAGUGCAACCUUCUUCUGUAUCGGAGUCGCAGAGUCGGGACUUGGAGAACGAUGAUCUCUUCCGCACCGUCUCCGCUGAGUACCGUGCCGUGAGGGAGGAGUUCCGCCGUAGAGACGAGAAGGCGGUGGUUCUCGCCGGGAAGCCAUGGGAGGGUUCCAAGGCUGUCGACUUGAGAGAUCUUACUAGCGCGAGAGAAACCCUCGGAGAUGGGAGACUGAGGACUGAGCACCUGGAGGAACUGAGGCGGAUGCUUGCGGAGAGGAAUGGGGAGCAGUUCCGGUUGUUGUUGAUUAAUGAUGAAGUAGAAGAUACGGGUUGUGAUUUUGGAAAUAAAGAAGUGAAAAAACCACCGAAAUCAUGGCUGAUGAUAGAAGAAGAAGAAAGAAUUCGCUUGCUUGUUGACAGGCUGAGCAGUUCGAACCUAAGCAUGCAAGAUUGGAAGUUUUCAUGGAUGAUGAGGAAAUCAGAUAUAUUGUUUACAGAGAUGUCCCUACUCAAAAUAAUUGAACGGCUGGGACAUCUUGGAAAGUGGAGUUCUGCUCUGUCUGUUGUGGAAUGGGUAUACAAUGAAAAGAACUACAAGCAUAAGAAAAGCAGGUUUGUGUACACCAAGCUUUUGUCUGUUCUUGGAAAGGAAAGGAGACCAAUUGAAGCUCUUCAACUAUUCAAGAAAAUGCAGGAAGAUGGGCAGUUAUAUCCAGACAUGGCUGCAUACCAUAGUAUCUCAGUCACACUUGGUCAAGCUGGUCUUGUACAUGAGCUAAUCAACAUUAUCAAUUGCAUGAAAGUAAAACCCUCCAGAAAGCUUAAGAACAUGAAUCGCAGAAAUUGGGAUCCCUGCAUGGAGCCAGAUAUUGUCAUUUAUAAUGCUGUUUUGAAUGCCUGCAUUCCAUCCCAUCAAUGGAAAGGAGUGUUUUGGGUGUUGGAACAGAUGAGAUAUAGUGGUUUUAAACCUACUGGAGCAACAUAUGGUUUAGCUAUGGAAGUCAUGCUGAAAGCGGGGAAGUAUGAUCUGGUACACAAGUUCUUUGAAAAGAUGCGAAAAGGUGGAAUAGCUCCCAAAGCACAAACCUACAGAGUUCUUGUUAGAGCCUUUUGGGAAGAAGGUAAAAUAGAUGACGCACUUGAAGUCGUCAUGGAAAUGGAACAUAGAGGAGUUGUUGGAGCAGCUAGUGUCUAUUACGAGUUAGCUUGUUGCCUUUGCAACAAAGGUAGAUGGCGAGAUGCGAUGAUUGAGGUUGAGAAAUUAAAAAGGGUCCCUUUUAGAAAACCUUUGGAGGUAGCAUUCACUGGUAUGAUCCUAGCUUCAUUGGAUGGUGGAUUCGUUAGUGACUGCAUCUCAAUUUUUGAACAUAUGAAAGACCACUGUGCUCCUAAUGUUGGAACCAUAAAUGCCAUGCUGAAAGUCUAUUCUUGUGCUGACAUGUUUGCAAAAGCUAAAGAACUAUUUGAAGCUACUAAAGCCACACAUGGCGGUUUAGAAUCCUCUGGAAAUUAUUCAUCUCUUCAGCUGGAUUCAUAUUCAUAUAAAUCUAUGCUAGAGGCAUCUGCUUCUUCCCAACAAUGGGAGUACUUUGAGUAUGUCUACAAGGAGAUGAUUUUGUCUGGUUUCAAGCUAGAUCAUAGAAAAUUUUCAUGGUGCCUAGUUAAAGCAUCCAGAGCUGGAAAGUGGCAUUUGCUAGAGCAUGCAUUCGACACAAUUCUGGAGGCUGAAGAAAUUCCUCAUACAUCGCUUUUCAUGGAAAUGAUAUGCCAGACCAUCGCCCAAGGGGAUUUGGGAAGGACAGUGAGUCUACUCAACAGUAUGGCUCAUGCUUCGCUUUCAGUGAGUGAAAGUCAGUGGACCAGCUUACUGGAGAGGCAGAUCGCUACAUUGGGCAUGGGGAAGUUGCAAGACCUACUAAACCAUUUGCAGAGCUGCAGCCUUGUGAUGGAAGAUCCCGUCCCAAUUUUUUUGAAGUCACUGCACUUGAUUUCUGGUCGAAGAUUUUUGGAGGGCACAGAGUCUGUUGCAGGUUCGAUCGGCAGUUUGGAAAAUGAUGAAAAAAUUAAGGAUUAUCAACAUGUUGAUGUGCCCGGCCGAAUAGAUGGCAGGUCGCCAUCUCUGUCAUCGACUUCUUAUUCAUGCAGUCUCGUUGAAAUGCUUGAUGCAGAGAGCAGCGCUAAUGCCAGUUUGCUGGAAGAAUUUGAUAAUUUGGAAAGCAGUUCACCUGCAGGGGCUCAAAGAAGCGAACAUUCCUGUUUUGAGCACAACGAAGAGUUUUAUUUUACUGAUUCAACACUGGAUUUGUUAACUUCUGGAAUACGAACACCUUUCCCAGAAUCGCCGCCGGCAUCAGAAAUACUUGAAAGGUGGAGGAUUAGGCAAGAAGAUUAAGGAUGCACUUUGGGCAAUGAACAAGUCAUUCCUCUUUUUGUUUGAUGUUAUUUCGUGUCAAUAUUAUUCAUAGGAAAUGAUGUAAUUUUUCCUGAAUUUUUAUUUUGAUAUUAGUUUUAAAUUUCAAAAUGUCAUUGAAGUAUUUAACAAACAAUUAAUAGCAUACUGCUUCAUUCCUACUUAAA